AUGGCUUUAUUAAAGAAAGAAAGUUCAGUUUUCAAAGUUCCUAAAGUGCCCAAAAAGAAACUAAUAAAGAGAACAGAAAUUCUAGACGAAGAAGACUAUGUUGAGGGCAUUGCGAAGAUAAUUCAAAGAGACUUUUUUCCCGAUUUGGAAAAGUUGAAAGCUCAGAAUGAUUAUUUGGAAGCAUCUGAAAACAAAGAUUAUGCACGACUUCAAGAAAUCACUAGAAAAUAUAGUGGUAAUAGGCCACCAACAGAACCCUGUAAUGUCAACAUGAAUAAAAACGACGAAAAUAUAACAAAAUGGUUGGAAGAAGAGAUGUCAGAUGAAAAGGAGACCCGUGAUGAAGAUUGCAGCGAUGUGGACUCUGUUUGUUCUGACAAUCCCGUGCCUACAGAAGACUGUGAGUCUGAUGACUGCUUAGGUAUUUCAUCUUCAGAGGAAAUCGACGAAGAUCAUUCUACUGAUAAUUCCCCAGCUACAUUUGAUACUCCCGGUGUGGAAAGACCUUUCUCUCCAUCAGCACCAAUGACUCAACCCAGGCAGCUCGAUGUAGAGCCUGUUAAAGAUAAGACGAAAGACAUUACAGAUAACCAUACAUUAGAUUCAUUCCUUGCAAAGCACACAAGUGAAGACAAUGCUAGUUACGAACGUGUCAUUGCGCUUGAAGAUAAGAAACGGGCUACAAAGCUAGCGUCACAGCUUGAGGCUGAGAUCAGUGCCGCAGCUCGCGCUGAUUCAGCCCUAGCUUUGCCGUCCAUAGAAGAACAAGCUGAUCAGAGGGAUAGGCCUCAUGAGUUAGACACCUGGAAGUAUAGAGCGAAGAACUACAUAAUGUACGUGCCUUCUGGUGCGGAGUCUCAAAAGCCGCCGCCGAAGCCCGAACUGCAACAUCAGAAUACGAGACUUCGCGCUCCUCCCUUCGACCACGUGAAAAAUAAGGAGACGAUCAGUGCUAUUGCUAAAACCCAGGACGCGAGUGUGACGGGCAAGAUUGGAGUGGACGGUGUCAGCAUUUCAUCGGAGAAGCCGCCGUCGGAGUACUCGUACGUGGCGACGCCCUCGCCGCGGCCGGGCGCCGGGCCCGACCAGUCGCCGCUCAUGACCUGGGGCGAGAUUGAAGGCACGCCUUUCCGACUCGACGGUGGCGAUACACCAUUGCCCGCUGUGGGCGCAGGUGCCGCCUAUCGUAUGUUGGAGGGCGGCGCUCGGGAACGAAUCGCUUUGCAGCUGGCAGAACAAGUGGCGCGUCGCAGAAGACCAACUACGCCUAGAGCUUCGCCGCGAACACCGAGUUUUCGGACGAAUACGGAGCGGUUAGCAAGUAUGUCCCCUGCAGCAAGAAAACUGGCCGCAAAACACCUUUUGUCACCCAGACUGAAGCUUACACCAAAUGACAUGGGUAUUUUAGCGCACGGCACUACUCCGAAACGAACUUCAACACCGCGAAAGAGGCCUCUCGUGGCAACACCGAAUAUGAGUAAACAGGCGGCAACACCGUCGCAAUCAUUGAAUGCCGAAGCUGGUUCAAAUGCUACCGGAGAUAAUACGCUCACAGAUAAUCUGCUGCAGAUUAAUGUUGCAAAACGGACGAGAUUAAAAGCGCAAGAUUUUUUUACCAGCUAG